GUCUUGAUCAAUUGAACUCCAAACAAAAAAAAGAAGAAGCCGAGACUUGUAUCAAGUUUCACUUCAUUUGUUCUUUUUUCUGUACACUGCAUACACACAAACACAUAUAUCAUACCCACAAAACCAGAAUGCACACAUCCAAAAUCCAGACACAAUAACACAAACAAAAAUCAAAACUAUCUUAGCUUCUUCCUCUUACCUGAAAACCAAUGGAUUCAAAGCUCGAUCUCCUCCUCCGCUCUUUCACAUUCUACAUCUCAUCAAUCCUCUCCAUAAUCCGCUACUUCCUGACAAGCUUUAGCCGUUUCAAGCAAAUCCCAUCUGCAUUCACCGUCUCCGACGCCUGCAUUUCGCUUUACUUUCGCCUCCUCGGCCUCUCCCCUGUCUCGAUCCACGUAGAUGACGAGACAACCCUUCAUUUCUGGGCUACCGCCGGUCGUGGUGGCCGUGACCGGAAACCUGAUGAUGAGAGGCCUAACCUGGUCAUGAUCCACGGCAAGUGCGGGGACUCUCGCUGGCAGUUCAUGUACCAGGUUGGCCACCUGUCGCGGCGAUUCGACCUCUACAUCCCCGACCUGCUGUUCUUUGGCAAGUCCUACACGACCAGAAAGGAGAGAUCAGAAGCCUUCCAAGCGAAAUGCCUGGCGGAAGGACUCAGGAAGCUGGGGGUGGACAAGUUCUCGAUUUACGGGAUCAGCUACGGAGGCUAUGUUGGGUAUCAUUUAGCUCACAUGAGUCCUGACAGAGUUGAGAAAGUUGUGCUGAUGAGCACUGGAGUGGGGUGCAACGACGACCAGAAGGACGAAAUGGUGGCGCAACUCGGUAGAGAUCCUAAAGAGCUGCUCGUCCCUCGAACUUCAGAUGACCUGAGGGAGCUCAUGUAUAAGUCUGUUUACAAGAGCAAUUACAUGAAGCUGAUUCCUGAUUCUUUCCUUCAGGAUUAUCUCAAUGAUGUAGGUAGUGUCCACAGGAAGGAAAAGAUGGAGCUGGUGGAUCAUUUGUUGGCCAAGAACUUUGAUGCAGGAAGAAGCCUUCCAGUUUUAACUCAGGAUACGCUUCUGAUAUGGGGCAACAAGGAUUAUGUGUUUCCAAUGAAUCUAGCUUACCAGCUGCAAAGGCACUUGGGAUCAAAAGCAAGAGUGGCAAUAGUCAAAGACGCAGGGCAUGCAGUAAAUAUGGACGCUCCUGAUCAAGUUAACAGGCUCAUCAUAUCAUUCAUUUUGGGUUAACUGGUCACAGUGUUCACCAUUAAUCAUAUCUUUCAGCUCAAUUUGUUGAAUUUUUGGAUCAAAUAUUCAUUCUUGUAAUCAUCGAAAAAUAUUCAUUCUCGUAACGACGAUAGGUUCAUGAUGUGCUUUGAAAUUCCAUCAAACAAAAGUACUUUAGAAUCUAAAAAGUUGGACGAGUAUGCGUUUGAUCAAGAGAACAUAGCACCAAACAAGCUCAAAUAGGCAAAACUCAAAAUGACAAAGACUUGAUGUAGAGGUUUAAUCUUAAAAAGCUUACCAAGCAGUUGGAGCGGCCUGAGUCUUGUUUGUAUAUGGUUAGCUUUAUGAUUAGGUUCCAUUCUCAGCCUGAAAUCAACUACAAAGCUUCCU